AUGAAAGUACCAAAGAUACCAAAGUUUUUACAAUCAGUGAGGUAUUGUUUAGCUGCUAUAAACGGCAUAUUUCUGGUAACUGGACUGCUUCUUCUGAUUACCGGUAUAGCUGUUCUGGUUAUUUUUAAUACCCAUAGUACCCUGAUAACAUAUAGAUUCUUUAGCGUGGCCAGUUUUAUUAUCGCGACUGGUGCAAUCAUCUUCUUGAUUAGUGGCCUUGGAUUUUAUGGAGCUAUGUCAGAAAAAUUCUACUUUAUUGCUGGGUAUGUUGCCCUUCUUCUGGUUAUACUAAUAUUCGAAAUCGUAAUAACAGUUUUGGGAUUUGGUCUUCAAAAUGAUGCGACCACAGAGAUUAGGUCUACGAUGGCAGAGAGUUUGCGGAUGUACGAGAGCAGGAGAGAGGUCGCUGUUGUCUGGGAUAAUCUUCAAAUGGGUUUCCAAUGCUGCGGGGUUGGAGGACGCUCCGAUUGGCUGAAUAGAAUACCAGUGAGCUGUUGUCACAUUGAAUACGGUACUGUGUCCCCCUUCGAAUGUACAUCGACAAAUGCUUAUACUACUGGGUGUGCAAGUGCCCUGGGGAACUGGUUAGGAUAUAAUGCGUAUGCUAUUGGCGUUGUUGGUGGCUUUGUUACAAGUUUACAGGUAUUAUUAACAGCAGGAGGAGCGUGGUUGGCAUACAGGUCAAGAUUCGAAGAAGUUGUAUUUGAAUCCUAAAUAUCUAUUAUACUUAGACAUUACUUAAAUUGAUAUUUAAGAUAUUUCAGCCGUGUGUAACCAAAACACUUUAUAACUAUUGUAGUUUAUUGUUUGCUUAUGUUGUAAUUAAAUAUUGAUAAUAGGUUUUGACUAACUUAAAUAACUUUAUUGUUAUUUAUUAAAUGACAUGCGAAAUUUAGUACUGGUAAUAACCAGAAAUUUUCAAAAACUUGGCAACCCUAAAUCACAGGUAUAUGACUGAUUUUGAUACUUUAAAAAUAGUGUCUUUUUUUCUUUUUAUUUAUGACUAUGGUAAUGUGACUAUGUAUCAUUUUAUGUAUCAUUUACUCUACAAUGAGAAAAUUGAACCCCAGCUGUUAAAAGAACAGCGAUAUUAUAUGCAAAUCGUACAGAAUAAUGUCAUUCACCGAAAUGGAGACUAAAUAAUGUUCAUUUGUUUAAUAUUGUAAACAAUAAAUUAUUUUAUGUAAA